CGGAGUGUGAGUACAAGGCGGGAAACUGAAGCCUGAAUGGCGCCUGCUCAGCAGUCUCGGGUUCUGCGGUGCUGCAGCUGCCACCUCUUUCAGGCGCAUCAGGUGAAAAAGAGUCUCAAAUGGACAUGCAAGGCUUGUGGAGAGAAGCAGUCCUUUGUGCGGGCUUAUGGUGAAGGCUCUGGUGCUGACUGUAGACGCCAUGUCCAAAAGUUAAACCUGCUGCAGGGACAAGUGUCCGAGCUGUCACUCAGGUCUGUGGCCAAAGCUGCAAGGGAAGAGGAAAAUGCAGGCCCUCAGCAGACUGAGAACAGCAGGCAGCAGGCACUGUCUGAGCCCCUAGAGUCCCGUUGGCUGAAGUAUCUGGACAAGGACUGUGAGGACCAGGAGCUGGACAGAGGAAGAACAGCUCUUGAUGAAUGGCCAGGUCUGCCCUGCAGUCCAGCCCGACUGAGGAAGAGGAAAUGGAAUCAGAACACAGGGAAGCCUCCACACAGCCUGCAUGUCCAGGACUUGGACAGUGUUAAGGACAGCUUUGAAUGCCAGGACUCCACUGGCCUGUUUGGGACAGAGCAACAAGGUAGCAGUCCUGCCCUCAGGACUGCAGCCCACAUCAGGGAACCAAGCCCUGUCCUGCAGGCUAAGGCCCAAUCUUCUAAAUGGGCACGGUUCCUCCUGUCACCUGGGAACAGCCCACAUGUGGAUGGAAACCCAUCAAGGCCUCUGCAGGAGAGCACCAGGCUAGCUGACCCAGCACAAGCUGAGCAAGGGACCCUUGAGGCCAGAACUCCAGGGGAAGGCCACUUCAGCAGAGCUCCUGCCACUGUCCAGCCUCCCCAAACCACUCAUACUGCCACACCCCAGCCAGAGAGGUCUAGCAGGAAGACCCUAGAUCAGCCAUGGGCCACAGGGACUCCUCAAGCAGAUGGUAGGCCCUUGGCUCAAAGGGCACAGAAGGCCCCAUCAAUGCAACUGUACAACCUCUUUACAACUGGGGAGGACUUCGAAGAUGACCUGUAGCCUUCACUUAUACUCAUGUGUGAUGUGGUCCCUAUAUGCCAGUCCUCCAUGCCACAAAUGGGGGUGCUCUAGAACAAAUAACCCAUCAAACAGAUUUCUCUUGUAACAGCAAUAGUAAGGACCACAGGGUUGGUUAAAGUGCAUAUGCCGUUUAAUUAUAGGUUAUUUAAAAAUCAAGUCAGAGGAAGCUACAUGGGGGGGGUUGUUUAAAAGCAUUAACAUUGGACACAAAAACUGAAGUGUGAUCAUUAAAAAGGGAGGCAGUAUAUGGUGAGAGCCUACACGAGUUCUCCAUCCCCCAGGAGCCAUAUAUAGGCCCCAGUCGCUGCCACCUUUGACUUACUGAGGAUAGCCCCUCAUAAACAUAAUGGUUCUAUUUGUUCACUUUUAACAAAGAAACACAGAAGGUCAUCAGGCUACAAUUCUGGACUGCUGGUGCAAUGCUGGCAGCAAGAGCAAGUGCAGUGUGCCUCUGCAGCUCCCUGGCAAAGGCCAGACUUAGGAAAGGCAGAGGAAGCUCAGCCACAAGCACCUGGUUGUGUUCCCAGGCGUCAGCAUGCGCACUCUUGAAGCUCUCCCCCAAGUCACUCUCUCCUGCCCUGAAGGGCUUCACACACCUGCAGGCUCUGGAAGAAUGCCAAGAAACUGGCCUUAUAGAGGCCCUGCUGCUCUACAGGAUGCAACUACAAGACAAAGGGGUGGGUCACGGGGCUUGGGCACAAGCACUGUCACAAUGGUGGAGGGUGCUUUGAAUACUGGAUUGUGUCCAGAGCGGCUCCGAUGUCAUAAUUCUUGGUCUGUAGAAGCCUGGUGAGCCAGCCACCUUCAUCAGAGAAGCCCAUGGACAGCAUCUGCGAGAGCGACUCGAUCAGCCGGGGAUCAGCCUCUGCAGAAACAAUACAGGAAAGUGAGGCGCCCUGCAACACUCCAAACACAGCAAGUCCUGCCUGCCAGGAAGACUCCUCUGUUUGGGCCUUACAGGAACCUCAGAGGUCAGCUUGUUUUGCAGGCUUUCCAGUCUUUCACAACUGUUCAACUCUGCCACUGUAGCACUGUAACAGCCAGAAGGUAU